AUGGCUUCUGCACAAUUUCAAAUUUUAUCUAUUCUCUGUCGAACAUCACGUCGAGUUGUAAACGGUGCUCUCAUAGAAUUUGCUGCAAUGACAAUAUUAUCGCCAAGUGCAUUAUCACGCGAUGUAGUCAGCACUUAUAUAGGCACGUCUAUUGAACAAUUCCAGAAAAAUACACUUGAUAAUUUCCGUCCACUCUAUCAUUUUGUGUCAUCUUUAGUUGAAGAACAACAGUUUUUAUCUGCAUUAGGAACAAAUUUCUAUACGAGAGGUGUUCUUGGUAGCAAUAAUUUUGUAACUUUUUCUGCCAUUUAUCCACAACAAGUCGAUUUAACUCAAUCGUCAUUCAUGUCGAAUGAAACAUGUCAAUGUAAUCGUACAAGUGAUUGUGUUUAUCCUGCUGGUAUUUAUAAUCAAACGCGAUCUAUCAUUCCGAAUGAAGUCUUUUCACUUGAUGUAUCGCCUCUAUUCAUGAUUCCAGGAUUUCAAGUAGGAUGUCUACCACAAAAUGCAUUAUUUCAAUCAACAUUGGAAUGUUUUUAUAAUCAAACAUGCUUAGAUAUUGUGAUUUCGUUGACUGGUGCUCUUCGCACUGUCUCACCUCUAAAUAUUUCAAACUCUUAUUCACAAUUUAGUCCAACAACAACAAUUGCUGUUCUUUUUGAUAAUCUAAUGAUUGAGUCUUGGGAAAAUUCUAUUCAUUUUGCUACUUAUUUUCAAACUUGUGCACCUAAAGCCUGUUCAUAUUCAUAUGUACAACGGUUUGUUCUCAUUUACAUGAUUACAACCAUAGUUAGUGUCUUUGGUGGAAUUCGCGUGGCAGUAUAUAUAGCAUCUCCAUUGUUUGUCAAAUUAAUUUUACGUUUAUGUUGUCGGCGGGUUCAAGUGAUAGAAGCUGAUGAAGGACAUGAAUCCAGUAGAAUUAUUUCACAACAAGUCAUUGUCAGAAAUCCAAGUCUGGAUCAAUUUGAACAUCUUCAUGACAUGUAUUCAUCGAUUCUAUCAUGUCCAUGUCGUAAUUCAUCGAUACAACGUUCAACAUUCAUAUCCAGCGAAGUACAAAUUCAUCCAUUUUGUACAAGUCAUUUUGUUCGUGAUGAUCGUUGGCUCCAAUAUUGGACAAUGAAAUUUCUCGAUGGUAGCAUCGAUCCUACUCCAUCAUUUGAUUUCUUUGAUUUUCGCAAGAAUGGAUUUAAAUUUUUUAAUUAUGUUAAAAUAUUAUGCGACACAGUCAAUAUAAGUCUCGCUAACAUAGUACACUCGUUUCAAGCAAAAUAUUUUUUCUCUCCUCAACUUAUCACACCACUACAAUUAAAUGAAACAGUUCAAGAUUGGAACGCUUCUUUUCGAUCACAGAUUUAUUCUCUAUAUCCACCUAAAUUUUAUCCAAUGGAAGAAAGUAUUCGACAGAGUGGAUCAAUUUCACGCGAUAUUAUUGAACAUUCUGUGGUCUCCAACCAGAUCAAUAACACAUGGAUUCUUGAGUAUACGACAAGUUACAUCGGUACCAAUGGUCCGGUGCCAUGCGAUUGUAUGCAAGCCCCUUAUUGUAUAAUGCCAAUGCUUAUCUAUAACGAAUGUUUUUACGAUGAAGAUUGUGUUCAGAUGCUAAUUGACCAGCGUCUUUGUGGUAAUCAAAAUAUCUAUUUACCAAUAGAUUUGGAUAAUAUAACAGCGCUUGAUCCAAACACUUUAAUCAGUUUUACGCCUCAAGAUCAGUUGAUAAAUUUAAUGUUUAGUUCUCUUGCUAAUCAAUUAGUCUAUACACCAAAUUAUACAUUGUACUAUGCUGAAUGUCAGCCAGAGAUAUGUACUUAUACAAUAGAUCAGGAAUUACAUGCUGUUGCUCGUAUUAACUUAGUUAUUGGCCUGAUUGGUGGAUUAGCUGUUCUACUUCGUAUCUUAGUUCCGUCAUUCAUCAAAAUUAUUCAUUUGUUUUAUAGUUUUUGCUAUCAACAAACACGAGGUGAGAAAUUUUUCUCUUCUAUUAUUUAA